GCCCAUUAUUUUUGUUGUCGUUGAUGAUGGUGUAAAACCCAUUUUCUCUGUCAUUUCAUUGUGUCUCUGAUACAAAGAAAAAAAUAUUAAUAUUUAUUUACAUUUUGUUGGUCAUAUAAAUAUAUAAUCUAAAUUGAAUCAUCAACAGUAAUUACAAGAAUCCACACAUAAGAUUAAGAUAGACAAAGAGAGGGAGAGAGCAAAAAAAGAGGGUGGUCUCUCUCUCUGGCCCUCUCUUCUUCCUCUUCUUCUUCUUCUUAUGCCUCCUCUCAGAUCUUAGAUUCCCGCUGUUUUCCGUUUUCUUUUGGAAUCCUGGAUUGUUGGUUGAUGAUCCAUAUUUGAUCGCUUGGAGGUUAUAUAUAUGCUUUUGGAUUGAAUCCAAGACUACCCAUUUCGUAAAUAUUUGUAAAUAUCCAAGCUUUGUUUUAUUUCUUUUGACAAAGAAAUGGAAAUGGAGCUUGGAAAGUUAUUCAUCGGUGGGAUUUCAUGGGAUACAAAUGAAGACCGUCUAAGGGAGUACUUCCAGGUCUUUGGCGAAGUCAUGGAAGCUGUGAUUAUGAAGGAUCGUGCUACAGGUCGUGCCCGGGGCUUUGGUUUUGUUGUUUUUGCAGACCCUGCUGUUGCUGAGAGGGUUGUGAUGGAAAAACACCUAAUAGAUGGUAGAAAUGUUGAGGCAAAGAAGGCAGUACCUAGGGAGGAUCAAAACAUUCUGAACAGAAACAGUAGCAGCAGCAUACAUGGAUCGCCUAGUCCAGCUCGUACUAAGAAGAUAUUUGUAGGAGGCUUAGCAUCUACAGUCACAGAGAGUGACUUUAAGAAGUACUUUGAUCAAUUUGGGACAAUUACAGAUGUCGUGGUUAUGUAUGACCACAAUACUCAACGCCCUAGAGGGUUUGGAUUUAUUACUUAUGAUUCAGAAGAAGCAGUGGAUAAAGUGCUCCAUAAAACCUUCCAUGAACUCAAUGGUAAAAUGGUUGAGGUCAAGCGCGCUGUCCCGAAAGAAUUAUCACCAGGGCCAACUCGGACCCAGUUAAAUGGGUAUAAUUAUGGUCCAAAUAGAGUUGGUAGCUUCCUGAGUAGUUACACUCAGGGAUACAGUCCAAAUUCAACUGGAGGACUUGGUGUUAGAAUGGAUGGUAGGUUCAGUCCUGCUACUGUUGGUCGGAGUAACUUUUCUCCAUUUGGUCCUGGUUUUGGGAUGGGGCUAAAUUAUGAGCAGGGGUUGAGUCCUAGUUAUGGGGGAAAUUCAAACCUAAGUUCUAACCUUGGCUAUGGGCGACUGAGUCCUUCAUAUAAUGGAAAUUCAAGCAGGUAUGAUAGCCCUAUUGGUUAUAAUGGAGGCAAUGUUGGAAAUAGUUCUGUCUUAAAUUCGCCGGCUCGAACUUUGUGGGGUAAUGGGACUAUUAAUCAUUCUUCAAACUCCACAAACUCUAGUAGCUUUUUGGGCUCUGGAACUGGGAAUCCAGGAAUAGGUUCCUUUGGCAGUAUUGGAGCGCUCUGGGGUUCAUCAGCUAGUUCUGGUCAAGGUGGAGGUGCCAGCUCCGCCUUUAGCAAUGGCAGCCUUAGCUAUAACAAUGGUGAUCUCAGUGUUGGUCUAGGAGGGAUAGGGUAUGGAAGAAAUAGUGGGACAAGUGUUGCGCCAGUUUCAUCUCAUACUGCAUCAAAUGAUGGCUAUAAUGGACCUUAUGGAGACAUUUAUGAGAAUAUCUCACUGUAUGGGGAUUCUGCUUGGCGAUCUUCACCGUUAGAGCUAGAGGGUUCUGGCUCAUUUGGCUUCGGGCUUGGAAAUGCAGCUUCAGAUGUCGUGACCAAAAAUUCUGCUGGUUAUGUUGGUGGUUAUAGUGUUGCCAGUAGACAAGCAAAUAGAGGAAUUGCAGCUUAGGAUGAUUAUGAUGUGAAUGUCAAGAGGUUAUAUUGUAGGUGAAAUAUAUCUGAUUAAGCGAGUAUCGUACAUUUCCCUUGUCCAGAAGUUGCAGUUUAAUUGAGAAGUUGAUUAGGGCUAAUUGGUUUGCCUGUUUUAAUGAAUUUAUCAUAGAGUGCAGUCACAAGGAGUUCCCUGUAAGGUUUGAGCUUUGAUGUUUCUUUUCUUUUUCUUUUCUUUUUUUGUUCUUUUCAUAAUUUUUUAUGAUAUAGGUUUUUUCUUUUCCUUGAAAUUUGAUUAAGAUGUAAAAUCAGUUUGCGGGGUAUACGCAGAAUUACUGUAUCGUGCAUCGCUGGUGAACACAGCGAUACAACAAAGGAUGAACAUUAUUUUUUUCUUUUUUUUUUACACUA